AUGGCUGAUAGUGAUAACCCAACUAAUAGAACCAGUAAUGGAGAUCCUUUUCUCCUUCAAGGUUCUGAUCAUCCUGGUAUGGUUCUGGUAACAGCACCAUUAACAAGAAUUAAUUUUCUUACAUGGAGCAGAUCGAUGAAGAUUGCUUUGGGAGCAAAAAUGAAGCUCGGAUUUGUUAAUGGGAAGAUUCCUAUCCCUGAUGAAGAAAGUCUUGAAUUUGAAACUUGGACCAGAGUUAACUACGUGGUAACCUCCUGGAUCUUAAACUCCAUUUCUAAAGAGAUAGUUGAUGGUUUUCUCUAUACAACUACUGCAAAGGAGCUAUGGGAUGAGAUAGCAGAGCGCUAUGGAGAAAGUAAUGGGCCUCUCCUAUAUCAACUUCAAAGAGAAAUUUCCUCAGUUUCACAAGGAAAUGAAUCAGUUUCUACUUACUACACCAGGCUUAAACUCCUAUGGGAUGAAUUUGCCUGUUUAUUGCCCUUGCCAGCUUGUUCUUGUGGUGCAUCAAAGGUUGUAUCUGAUCUGCACUCCAUGAAUAGGCUGAUGCAAUUUCUGAUGGGUUUAAAUGAUUGCUAUAAUAAUACCAAGAAUCAGAUCUUGGUCAUGGAACCUUUUCCCUCUGUUAAUCGUGCAUACUCUAUGAUGCUUAGUGUGGAAAAGCAGAAGGAGGUUCACAUCAAUUUCAAUGAGCAUAUAGAAGGAACUGGUUUGAUGGUUAAGACUCAAGGAAGUUUUCAGGAAAAACCUUUCUUUUCCAAGGUUCUUAACAAGAAGGAUAAAGAAAAACAACAGUGUGAGCAUUGCAAACAGAAGGGUCACUUAAAGGAAUCUUGUUUCAAACUUCAUGGCUAUCCAGAUUGGUUCAAAGAGCUAAAAGACCAACAAAAGAAAGGAACACUGAAGGCUACAGCUAACAUGGUUGAUAGUCCUUUAGACUAUGAUUCUGAAGGAAAGGAGGAAGGAAAGAAGAACAGGCAAGAUGACAUUGCAAGUCUGGUUCAACAAGAAAUUCAAAGGCGAUGA